CCUUAACAUCUCAAGUUUGCAAGGUCGGAUGUCCUCAAGUUUUACAUUUAGGAUGGAGGAUUCUAAUCAAGUCAUUGCUGUUUGUAUGUUACUGGCGGCGAUCAGCUGCAUUUUGCGCGCGCGUGAAUGCAUCCCUGUGCACGGAUACGAGAGCUGCGCGUGCUAUUUUCCCGGAGUUAAUGAUACUUGGAAAUAUGUCAACCUUCUUCCAUUGAAGAUAAAUUCUUCUUCGCCAAGGUUUACCAGUAUGACAGAAAAGGAUUGGUACAUAUCUUAUAGCCCCUGUGGUGAAUUCAGUGAGUUUGUAGGGGAAAACAGUACAAGAACCAUCUCUUGUUCAAAAAUUUCAGUCGCCAGGUGGACUAACUCAUCUGCUCACCAGUGUGAUAGUUUGGGUGAUGAGGCCAAUGGAAAAUUUGAAAUGGAUAAUCAAGAUGAAUUUGUCAAGUCAAAUCUUACUCUUAAAUUCAAGGAUGAGAAAAGUGGACAUGGGGCUGUGAUAUCAUUGAUUUGCAAUAACUCUUUACCACAAAAUGAGACUUUCUUUGAAUAUAUUGGCACCAGUUAUGUCCCAGUGGAUACCUACGUAUUGUACUGAAGGCCUAGAAGCACCUAGAAACAACCUGACAGUAGGAAGGUAUGAAGAUGUAAUAAAAAUCAUUAAGACCUCUACUUAUGCUUCAUCUUCUUCCAGCAAGACAAGAGGUGGCUUCACUGAAACAGGCUCCCACAUGUUGUCUUCCGAUGAGGUUUCAGAUGGUGCCCCAAAUCCAUGGAAACAUACCACUUCAUUAGGGGAUGGUGGGCUUUCAUCACAAUCAAGCAGCGACAAUGUUGCCUGGUCCACAGUUUCAAUCAGCAAUGCAGGAUCGAGGCCCAUGCUGCCAACCAAAGAAAGGAUGAAAUACUUUGGGGUCAAACUGAGUGACCCCACCCAGUUAUACACAGUUCCUACAUGGCCCCUCUUUGGAAAUUUGCGUGUUAUAACACCCAGUGUUAUAUGUCUCACCGAUACUUUCACAUACAGUUCACUUAUGUCAAGCUCAACUGGCACCCUCAUUUCUCUUGCUUCACGCAGACUUUCUUGAAUUGCAAAUUCUUCUUGGCAAUGAAGAAGCUCUUCCUUUUUUGCUUGUUCUUUCUCUUGAUGUUUUCUCAAAGAAUCCAGAUAUUCUUUGUCCUGAUCUUCCAUGGAUGAAUUUCUUUCAUCAGAGGUACCAAGCAAACCGUUAGAAACUGUCUCCUGUCUAUUGUCAAAAACUGGUUUUGAUAUUUCACUAUCAUUGUCAUCGAUGGUCCUGUUCAAGAGGUAAAGUCUAAAUUUGGUAAGUUUGUACUUAGCAAUAUACUUUGCCAGUGUGAACUGCUCCUCUACCUCUUCGCCUUUAAAAGUUUCCAACUUUAAAUGUCAUUAUAUCUGCAUCACCAAGUGUGGACAUCCCAUCGGGGAAAUAAACCUUUUUCAUUAUGUUCAGCACCCCUACAUAGGAACUUUCAAUUGGAACAGAAAUUUCCCUUAUUCCUCCUCCCUUUAUAAGUCGUACACUGACAUAUCGCUUUUCAUUCUCAAUAUAUUGCUGCCACCCAAUCUGGAUCUUUUUAAAAGUCUGGGUCUUUUAUCAAGGUGGUGAUCGAGGGUAAUCAUCUGAUGGAAAAAACGUUCCCUUGCUAGAAGCUGCCUUGGAUUUUCUGGAAGUUGUACCAAGUAGAUGGAUUAGUUUCAGAAGUUUGGAUUUUCGCUCUUCUUUUUCCUUGUCUGUACUUGGAACAAAUGAUCUCAGUGCAAGUAUAUCGCCCCCGGCGAACCAAACCAAGGGCUAGGAAAUCUCCAUCUGUUGCCAUCCUCACAACUGUAAAGUCCAUCUGUAGUAAGGAAAAAUGAGUUUACCAAAGAGAAUACUAUGGAUUCAAACCAGUCCAGUAAAAUAUGACUAAAUAUGCCACUUGAGGUGUAAUACGAAUAUGUAAACUAUGAAAAAAAUACAUAAAAUGCAUGCGGGUCCUAUAGGUAUAUAUUCCAAGGUAAGAAACACAAUAAGGAAAAAUUAAUAAAGGCAACAGAUACAUAUAGAAUAAUGCAGGGAUGUAUGGAAUUUCUCUUCAAGUGCUCAACUCAAUAUAUCACGUAGCAAACAAAUAAGAUCUUGAGGUUAUAUGGAAUUUCUCAGCAAUUGUUCAACUUAAUAUAUCGUGCAGCAAACAAGUAAGAUCUUGAGUUGAAUACAAGAAGAGAAAUUCCAUGUCUGGAAGCAAGAUUCGCCGUAUAUCAUGUUCAACAUGAACAUGUACAUGCCAUAUAUCAGGCCUAACAUUUGCCAUACAUCAUGUUCAUCUACUUUGGGAUGUUACAUGAAUUAGUAGGUAAAGGACUACA